AUGCCGGACACGGUUCGCCAAGUGCCCAUUUCCGACGACCGCUACCGGUGCAGCGGCGCCGGUACGGACAGCUACCCAUCCUCACCCGCCGUCUCGCCGUCUCACAGCUUCAAACGCUCAAAGUCGACGUUCUAUCUGCUGGACAGGCGCACGUCCCCGCCACCGGGCCGCCUGCUACAGCCGCAGAACGUGACGGCAGGUACGAUCCACGGGUUUGCGACGUUCUUCUGGACCAUGGCCAACGCGCUGUUAGGCCUGCAGUGGGUGAACGUGCUGUUGGUGCGUCUCCCGUCGCUGUGCCUGUGCUUGUGGUUGCGGUGCGUCUGGAAGUGUACACGGGUGCCACUAGUGGUGUCUAAGCACUUCUUGCGGCUGUGCAUCGUUAGCUCGAGCAGGGACCGUUUCACCGUGCUGAUAAACGGCGGAAGCACCGUGCAGGCGUUGCACUUGGCGAGGAACUUUCACCAGGCAGGCGCCCGGGUGAUCGUGUGCGAGAUCGACGGUAGGGCAGAGCUGUGCUCGUUAUCGGUGGCGGUCGACGGCCACUACACCGUGCCCGGGCCGAACGACGACAACUGCGUACUGUACGUGGACGCGCUGAGGGCGAUCGUCGAGAGGGAACGGGUGGACGUGUACGUGCCCACCGGCGCCACCGUGUCGGCGUACUACGACGCGGUGGCCAAGCCGCACCUGGAGCUGCUUGGGUGCCGGUGCUGGACGCCCGGGUUGGACGGCGUCGCGGUGCUCAACGACCUCUCAGAGGUGUUCCGCAUGUGCGAGACGGUCGGCCUGCCGGUGCCCAAACACCUGCUCGUGUGCUCCAAGGACGACGUCAUCAAGCUUUACGACAACGUGUCGUUCCGGGCCGACCGGCACUUCAUCGUCAACGUGGGCCAGUCCGGCUGCAAGUCGGGGCACAGCCUGCAGCUGCCGGCCACCAGGAGAUCGCUGAGACUGCCCGGCCCUGUGUCCGACGACUGUCCGUGGCUGCUUGUCCAGCACUGUCUCGGAUCGUACUACACAACGUGCACCACGGUGCAGGCCGGCCGGGUGGUGGCUAACGUAACGUUCACCGCGCACGACGGUCAAGCCAGAGACCACAACGAGCUGAUUGACGACUGGACCGCACGGUUCGUAGUCCGCGGUCCCGGUGCAGUUCGAUGGCUACCUGUCGUUCAGGGUGUGCGUGUCGCCGUCAAGGAAGGUCGUGCCUCUGGGUUGUCGCGUCGGCGUGCCCAUCACGUACGCUUCGUACCGCAGCAAUUUCGAACACGUCGUUAUGCAGUGCCCACCGCCACAGCGUGGACACCGUUCCAACGGAGCUGCGGGAGCCGUUUCACAUGCGGGUGCCGUUGCACAUGCGGAUGCUGUCACCAACGGCGCACCACCACAGUCCAUCGAGCUGGUCGUCGAAACGACGAAUCGGUAUUACGCGACGGCGCUGAUCUACGAGACUGUCACCCGGAUGAUGACCGUCCAGUCGCUCAAGCAUCUCGUGCGCACGGUGGUCACGAAACGGGAAAUGGUAUUUGCGUAUUGGGACCCGCUGCCGUUUUUCGCCCAUUACAGUCUGCAGAUGAUUGUGGACCGCAUAAACACCGCCCUGGACGAGGCGGCGAUACUGUGGUCGUCGGCCCAGAAAAACAGAUAUACCACGUUUUAAUGUGCGGCGGCAGAUACUGUAUAGUAUAA